CUCGGACAAUGCACAUUCCCGUACGCUUCGUGAAUAAAAGUACUCCAACAGAAACGACUCCAAUUUAGUAAUCGAAAAGUAUCGUCGUCAGAGAUAUAGCACCACUCUCCAUUAAAAUGGAGAGCUGAAACAUGUAAUAAUGUCAUUCUUGCAUCAUUGCAUUAUCACGCGAUAAAUUGCCCGAGAUUGAUGACAGCGCGAUGUUCUUCUUCACGAAAAGGCUAAUUCUUUUUACAAUUGACUUUCUACCAAGGGCAGAUAUACCUGUUGUACCGACGGUUGCUUGAUAAGCAUGGUGAGCGUCAUAUUUUCAUAAAGUGUAGCACAGUGCCUGUAUGUGCCUCUAAUCCAGCCGAUCGUAGUAGUAAAAAAUUCGUGAAAAACACCGAAUCCUGCGUGUCCGCUCAUUUAGGGGAACUGUCAAGCAACUGUCAAAAGCACAAAAUUCAUACAAUGGAGUCAUACGCAUCAACAUUCAGCGACAAUGAGUCGUUGUUUCGCGGCACAAGGAUGGGUUUGAAGUUUGCCCCGAACAUUUCGCUUAUGUUCAAAGAGCUGACCAAUCUUCCAGAUCGAUAUGAAGAAGCGGGUAGACGGGGCUUCCGUGCCGUUGAAUGCCAAUUUCCUUAUGACUCGAAUAUUGAGGAUCUCGUAAGGGCAAAAUAUAGCGCUGGUGUCGAGCAAGUUCUCAUCAACUCAUUUCAAGGGAAGGGUCAUGGAGAUGCUGGCUUUGCAUGCCAGCCUAAUCGGCAAGAGGACUUUAAAAAAUCUAUUGAGUUAACUAUCCGCUACGCAAAGGCCCUCAACUGUAAAAAGGUACAUAUUAUGGCCGGAGUUUCACAGCAGGGGGUUACAGCGUCCGAAAUGGAAUCCAUGUACAUUUAUAAUUUGUGUUACGCUGCUGAAAAACUUCAGGGGGCAGGCAUUAUGGGCCUUAUUGAGCCUUUGUGCGCACAGGUUCGGGAUGAUUAUUUUCUGAAGAGCUACGACAAAGCACUGGAGUACGUAAAAAAAGUAAAUUCCCGCCACCUUCGUAUCAUGCUUGAUGUAUUCCAUCUACAAAUGCUCCACGGAAAUCUUUCAACAAAAAUUUCCCAGCUCGCCAGAUUUGUCGGCCACGUUCAAAUUUCCCAAGCCCCAAAACGUACGGAACCGAGCGCUCCUGGUGAAAUCGAUUAUCGUUACGUCCUCGAAUUACUCAACGAGCUUGGCUAUCGGGACUAUAUCGGCCUCGAAUAUUGUCCAUCCGGAAAAACUGUGGAUAGUAUGCGUUUCCUAAAAGACUGGGGCUACAUGCCAGAACUUAAUCUUGAAUGAUAAAGGAUCACAGAAUAUUUUACAUGGUGCAGAAUUUACGGAAGAGACUUGGAAACAACUCUAUUUCAAGCUUUGCUCUGAUAAAAUACGUGUGCGCAUUACUUCGAGUUAUCUGGCCGGAUUAAAUUACUUUCCGUAUUUUUCUUAUAACAUAGGUAUUUGUUGCUUAUCAGGAUGUUAUUAAAGAUGUUCUGUGAACAAAGAAGGUGCGUAUUUUCGAAUUUAAGAAAACCGUCCAAAAAAUAAAUUGCGAGAUGGCUAUACUUGUA